AUGGGGAUGUUCACGCCCGGAUCUAUACCUGGCAGAAUUAUCCGGUUCAAUAAGGACCACAAGGUGCACAUCGAAGACGCUAUUUCAUUCCUGCAGGAAAAGUAUCGUCCAUCCAUCAUUCUUGUCAUCCUGUCUGCCAACGCCAAGAAACUAGGCAACAUUGCAAGACUGGCCUACGAUGUCACUUAUGGCAUACCCGCUAUCGAACUCACGCACGAAUUGUUGGCAAACUCUAAUCAAAAUUGGUACGCCAGAGUCGGUCUCAUGAUAAACCUCAAGCUUGGUGGAGAGAAUCAUAUGGUCAACUCGUCCGAUCUAAGCUUCUUCGCUAGCGGUAAAACCAUGAUAAUAGGGACCAAUGUCGCCUUUGCAAGAUCAGCGUCGCAAGGAUAUUUCUACACUAUAGCAGGCCUUAUGGUAUCUUCAGACUCGCGCCUCGCUCGGUGGCCUGCGGAAAUUCGUGUUCAACACGGCAAAGAGCCGCAUAUCCACAAGCUCAACGAGAUGUUAGAAACCCGAAUUCACUCGUGGGCGAAAAAACAUGGCAAUAAGCUUCCGGAAGAUAUCGUGGUCUAUCGUAAUUCAGAGGGCGAGCAUGAGCCUUGGGUUGAAAAGGAAGUAUGUUUGAUCAAGGAUGCCUGUCGGGCUGCAAAGCUCACAGUGCAAGACAACUUACCCCGAAUCACUGUAGUGCUCGUAGACGAGAACUAUGGUGCACAGUUACUGCCUACGGCAGACACAGAAUGCCACCGCUCCGGUAGUCCGCUGGCUGGUACUGUUGUGGACCGUGGCCUCACGGUUCCUCGCCAAUGGGACUUUUUCCUGCGAUCGCACAACUCUACGCAGGGCCUCAAUGGACCGACUCGCUAUUUCGUGGUAUUCGAUGAAGUUUUUCGUAGGCGGUACCGCGUCGAUGACAGAGGGCGUACACCGGUCAAUUUGCUACAGGAUCUUACCAAUGCUCUCUGUUAUUUAUCUGGCGAGUCCACGAAGGCUACAAGGGUUUGCACUCCGAUACAAUACGCCAGUCAAGCCUGUGCUAGGGUUCGAUCAUAUUAUCGCCUGUCUCUUCUGUCUGGUUUGUUUCGGAGAGGGCAGAGCGCCAGGAAUUCUGACAGGCCAGUGGCAACCAGUCUGUUGGAGAUUCACCCUGCUGUUAGGGACUCUAUGUUCUAUCUCUGA